AUGCUCUCAUGGUCCCUAUCCCUGCUGCUAGCCCCGGCGCUGGCAGCAGCCAGUUCCGCGGCUGAUUAUUAUGUUCAUUCCCUGCCCGGCGCUCCAGAGGGCCCCUUGUUGAAGAUGCACGCUGGACACAUCGAGGUGGACCUCGAUAACAAUGGCAAUUUGUUCUUUUGGCAUUAUCAGAAUCGUCACAUUGCGAACCGACAAAGGACCGUUAUUUGGUUGAAUGGUGGGCCCGGAUGUAGCUCGAUGGAUGGCGCGUUGAUGGAGGUGGGACCGUACCGACUCAAGGAUGACCAUACAUUGGAAUACAACAAGGGUUCGUGGGACGAGUUUGCCAACUUGCUGUUCGUUGAUCAGCCAGUUGGAACGGGGUUCAGCUAUGUGAAUACGGAUAGCUAUAUUCAUGAGCUGGACGAGAUGUCGGCCCAGUUUAUGGUCUUCUUGGAGAAAUUCUUCCAGCUGUUCCCGGAGUAUGAGAGAGACGAUCUCUACAUCGCUGGUGAAUCUUACGCCGGCAUGCAUAUCCCCCACAUCGCUACCGCUAUCCAAGCGCGCAACAAGGACGCCGAGAAGGAAGGAAAGACGAAAUGGCCCUUGAAGGGGCUGUUGAUUGGCAAUGGCUGGAUCUCCCCCUAUGACCAGUCCCCCUCCUAUUUCGAGUUCGCGCAACGCAUGGGCUUGGUCAAGGAGGGAACUCAGGCCUACCGCCAGAUCGAGGCUCUGAACUCGGUCUGUCUGGCCGCACUGGAUGACCCGCGUAGCAAGGAGAUGGUCAACAUUCGCCAGUGUGAGGAUGUCUUGCAGGGACUGACCAGAUUGACCAGUAAGGAUGGCAAAUGUGUCAACACCUACGACAUUCGCCUACAAGAUACAUACCCCGAGUGCGGUAUGAACUGGCCCCCAGACUUGACCAAUAUUACACCUUAUCUUCGUCGCCAGGACGUGAGACAAGCCUUGAAUGUCAACCCUGCCAAAACGGCUGGCUGGAUGGAGUGUAACUCUGCUGUCAGCCAGACAUUCCUGGCCUCCCAUUCGACCCCAGGCGUCAAGCUACUUCCCGCCUUGCUUGAAUCAGACAUCAAUAUCCUCUUGUUCAGCGGUGACCAGGAUCUUAUCUGCAACCAUCUCGGCACAGAGACUCUGAUCCACAACAUGAAGUGGAAGGGUGCCACUGGUUUCGAGACUGACCCGGGCGUCUGGGCCCCACGCCACGACUGGACCUUUGAGGGCGAGCCUGCCGGCCUUUACCAGUACGCCCGUAACCUGACCUACGUGCUAUUCUACAACUCCAGCCACAUGGUCCCCUUCGACCAGCCCCGCCAGACCCGCGACAUGCUCGACCGCUUUAUGAGAGUCGACAUCGCCAGCAUCGGUGGCCGCCCUGCUGACUCGCGCAUCGACGGCGAAAAGCUACCCCAGACUUCGGUUGGCGGACACCCUAACAGCACCGCUGCCGAGGAACAGGAGAACAAGAAACUGAAGGAGACCGAACUCCACGCCUACACCAAGUCCGGCGAGGCUAUCCUCGUCGUUGUCAUCAUCGGUGUUACUGUCUGGGGCUUCUUCAUCUGGCGUUCUCGCCGUUCCCACCGUGGUUACCGCGGCGUCAAGAACCCUGAUAUUCGGGGUGGAUCCGUCCUCGACCGCUUCCAUAAUAAGCGAUCAACUGCGGAUGUCGAGGCUGGUGACUUUGAUGAGUCGGAGCUUGAUGCUUUGCAUUCACCCGGCCUCGACCGUGAGCAUUAUGUUGUUGGUGACGAUUUCAGCGGAGAUGAGGAUGAGGUGCAUCGGCCGACUGGGAAAACUGGGGACCACCGCCAACCCUCAGCAUCAUCAUCGUAA